AUGGCCGAGCACCGUUCCCGACCCGUACCCGUGCGUACGCAAGUGCUGGAUGGUGCACCAGCACACUCGCCGACCACGCGACUCAACAACGAAUUUUUGUCAGGAUAUUCCACCAUCGCUGCUGCUCGGACCGCAGAAGACCAUGUGGCCUUGCCAGGCACCGAGCUCAUCCUCCAUCACCCAUUGAUCCGGUUUUUUCUUCCUUUUUUCCCACUCCCCCCCUCGCGGCCGGUUGCUUCGACAAACAGCGUCGAGACGAGACGAGACGCGUUUUCGGCUCCCAUGGCGACCGCAUCGCCGACCCCCAUGGCCGCCGGCCCUGGUCCCGUUCCCGCACGGAGGACAUCGCAGCGCCAGGCCCUGAGACGCCCUCCGUCGCGUCCGACCCUGGACAGGAGCGACAGCUUGUCGGCCUCGGCCGGAGGGAGCCAGUCGCGACGGCGGCAGCAGCAUCGGCAGCAGCAGCAGCAACAGUACGACGACGACAGCUCCGAGGAUGAGAUCCCCGUGCCCAUGAAGCUCAGCGCUCUCACCAAGGCCCUCCUCAACGACGGCGUGCCCGACGCCGUGGCGGGGCCGGCCUCGUCGCCGCAACCGAGACGACGGGUCAGCCCGUUGAACGCAACCUCGAUCGCGAGCUCCGGCUCCGGCUCCGGCUCCGGACCGUCGGCCGUCCGUGAGCGGCGCCACCUUCGGUCGGGAAGCGUGCAUGCGGCCGAUGGUAGCCGGUCGUCGUCGAGGGCGCCGAGUCGAGAGUCGAGCCCCGUGAGGAAGCGGGUCGUCCGUCUCAGCAACACGCCCCAGAGCCUGAACCAGAUGCAGCCUUCGCACGGGCGCUCGACCUCCACGUCCCGCGGGCCCGUCCUUCAGCGUCCGAGCAUCCCGCCACGUCCGCCGAGCCGGGCGAGCAUGCGCGACAGGUCCAUGGUCGCGGCCGAGGAGAGGCCCGCGUCCCGCCAGGAGCAGCGAUCCGACGUCAACACGCCCGCCCACGGCGAGCGCAUCGUACGCAUCGCCUCGGGGUCUGCCUCGGCCAACCGAAGCCGUCUCGCCUCCUCCGGCCCCUCCUCCGGACGCUCGACCUCGGCAGUCGUCGACAAGUCGUCGUUCGAGGUCGAGCACGAACCGCCCGACGGCCGUCCUCUCGGUCACGGCAGCGUCUCGCGCCAGCCCUCGACGAGGAGCCGAGCCGAGGACAAUGGUCAGCUGCAGAGCUCGAUGCGCGUCAAGCGCGUCGGCAAGAUCCCCGGCAGCUUCCUGAGCGGCCCGGCGAGGCGUGGGAGGAGGCGGCAGAGCGAGGAGGAUGUCGAGGACCUCGCCCAGGCCGAUCAUUUUCUCUCGAGCCAGCAGGAUCCCGCCCAGGCUCCGUCGGACGAGCCUUUGUACUACGCCGAUGGCAUUCGCAACUUCAACUCGGGCAGUCCCGUGAGCGGAAGCGCGGCGGCGCGGGCCAUCCAUCGGCGAUACGCCUCCAACGCCGAUCUUCGGGACCAUGCCGGCUCGGCGGCGCCGGCGUCCGGGCUCGACAGACCGUCGCCUCGCCCGGUCCCACCGCUGGCGAGUGGUGUCGAGGAGCCGAUGCCGGUGCCCGUCGUGCCGGUUCAGGUGCGGAUGCGCGUCGCCGAGAUGCCGUCGGUCCAUGACCAGGAGAACGCGGUGGCCGCCGAGGGCAAGCGCUCCCGGAUGUCCGUCGAGCGCGUGGCCGAGUCGGUGCCGGAGAAGGCGCAGCGACCGCCGAGCGCCGUCAAGCCGACCUCGCCGGCGCGGAAGCCCCUCGCCGCCGUGACGAGCAACACGCCGCACCGGCAACCGCACCAGCCGCCGCCGCCGCACCGACCGCCGCCCAAGAUGUCCGUCCUCGACGCCGCCACCUCGACGACCGGCGCCGCCGCCGGCGCCACGACGCAGCAGGCGAAGCAGCGGAGGAACGUGCUGCGGGUCAACGGCAGAUGCUACACGAGGCUCGACUGUCUCGGCCGAGGCGGCAGCGCCAAGGUCUACCGAGUGACGGCCGAGAACGGGAACAUGUUUGCGCUCAAGCGCGUCUCCCUCGAGAACGCCGACGAGACGACGGUCAAGGGGUACAAGGGCGAGAUCGACCUGCUCGGCAAGCUGUCCGCCGUCGACCGCGUCAUCAAGCUCUUCGACCACGAGAUGAACGCCGAGAAGCAGGUCCUGACCCUGCUCAUGGAGAUGGGGGAGCUCGACCUGAACAAGCUUCUCUCCUCGCGGCAGAACCCCGAGUCCGCGAGGUUCGACCCCGUCUUCGUCCGCUUCUACUGGAAGGAGAUGCUCGAGUGCCUCCAGUCCGUUCACCAGUACGACAUCGUCCACUCCGACCUGAAGCCCGCCAACUUCGUCCUCGUCCGCGGUCGGCUGAAGCUCAUCGACUUUGGCAUCGCCAACGCCAUCCAGACGGACGAGACGGUCAACGUCCACCGGGAAACCCAGAUCGGCACCCCCAACUACAUGUCGCCCGAAUCCCUCAUGGACGCCAACAACCCGCGCGGAGGUCGACUGCCCGGCCGACCGAAGCUUAUGAAGCUCGGGAAGCCGAGCGACAUCUGGUCCCUCGGCUGCAUCCUCUACCAGAUGGUCUACGGCCUGCCGCCCUUUGGCCACAUCGCGAACCAGAUGGCCCGCUGCCAGGCCAUCAUCAACUGGGAUCACCACGUCGAGUUUCCCUCUCGCGCCAUGGGCGGCGUCCCCGUGCCACCGUCUCUCGUCCGCACCCUGCGACGCUGUCUGACGCGCGAGAUUCACAUGCGCCCGACCUGCGACGAGCUCCUCCACGAGACCGACCCGUUCCUCUACCCGGCCGAGGUCGGCGGCAGGGACUUGCCCAUCGACGAGGAUUCGUUUGCGAGAAUCAUCCACCACGUCAUCGCGAGGUGCCGCGAUCGCAUGCCGACCGAGGCCGAGGGCAGCCUCCUGCCGCAAGCGUACUGGUCGAGCUUCAGGAAGGCCACGACCAACCGGACGGGCGGGGGCCGGUUGGAAUAG